ACUAGAAAAAAAACUGACACAUACAAACGAAAACAUAAAAAAAAUAUUACUCCCAACUACACAAAUAAAAAAAUAAAAACAACUCUUUGGUUUAGUGUUAAGCACACUUAAUUUAUAGAACCCAUAAACGAUGCCGAAGUUGCAUGAACAAAGAAAGUCGAAUGAAGAGAUUAAAGGAGCUCCCACUCCGACACCAAAGUCUUCGAUAGCAUCGGGUAAAAAGAAACCAUAUCACGCAUUUAGGAAUAUAAGCAAGCUGAAAUUCACCACCAAUGAAACGUUACCAAUCUCUGCCCGGGACUAUGGACUGAUGCGAUCCACCAACAAGUCCUCGACUCCAUAUCCGCGGGCGGAGCAAGGAGUCGAUGCUUCUUUGCUGAAGGCUCGUCUUACAAUGCGGAAAGAUUUCGAGAACAGGCUACAGACAAUACACUCCAAUCAUCCAGAUAAGCAGGAUACCCCAAGUGCCAGCGAUGUAGAUUCUCAUUCAAACGAGCGUCCCGCAAAGGUGAAGUCUUCAGUCACCGUUUUCCGUCGCGAGUCUCUGACCAAGGAUAAUUACAAGGAGAUGCUGUCCCUCGGCACCCCACAUCCUAUAAAGGGCGUGGCACUGAGUGCCAGGCUGCUGACCAGGCGGCUAACCGACAUAAAUGAUAUGCUAAAGCAGCAACCGGAACACAGCCCACAACCGGUAGCAACACAGAUGAGAACGAGAAACAGGAAAGUAAUUAUGUCGUCAGACCCCGAAAGCCGGGACUCGAUAAUACCUCCCGAAAAUCCAUCAGACGGAGAGCUGGUCAGUAAAAACAUGAGUAGUCGGUUGACCCAAGUCGAAUACGAUGCCUCUUUUACUUCGAUGAGCGGGGAUUCCCUGCAGCCGCAGCUAAGUUUCGCAGAGCGACGGAGGUUGUUCAACGAGGGCGAGUUCACCAUCGCAAAAUACGGCCGGAAAAUGAGCGAUGUGAUGAUGGCCUCGACACCGCAGCAACAUCAGGUCGUCGACAAUAGUUUUCAGUUCGCCAAAAAGGCCAACGAUGAGCUCGAGAAGUAUAUGAUCUCGCAGGGCCUGAUUAAGACCUCGCAUGAUCAGGUUACAAUGACCCGUCACUUCGGCCGUCCAUCCGAUGUUAUUGAAGCACAGGGGGAAAACGAUAAUAAGCAGAAUUCGAAGAAAAAAAGUUCAGUCAACACUGGACCGCACAAGGAAUUCUUGUAACCUAGCUGGCAGGACUGCCGAAGCAUCCUAAUCAUAUUGCCCUUCAGCACUCCAACUUGUUGAAGGUGCAAGAGUUCUUUGCGGUGUUGCAGUUAAUUCCAGAUAUUUUGGAAACUUUAAUGUGCAAAAUUUUGGUCAACUUCUUUCAUUCAAUAUAACUUAAAGCCUUUAACUCUAA